CUGAUUCCACCCUCUCUGCCUCUUAUGAAGCAAUACUGGAAAGGAAAAACAAAACCCAUUCCUUAAAGAAACAUUCCAUCUGCUCUCUUAUAAGCAAGCGCCUAAUGGUAACUGUGGAGUCUACGAAGUCAAACACUUUACUACUCAGCAUUGGGAGAAGCUGCUGCUGCUGCCGCCGCCGCCGCCGCCGCCGCUGCUGUUGGUCUGAGGCUGCAGUGGGUUUCUGUGCAGCAUUGCAGAAUCCACACCUAGAGAACAGAAGACACAGACACGUACGUCUACUACCCUGGUUAGAAGGAAGCUUUGGAUCUUUGGUGGAUAAGAGUAAUCCCAGACUUGAAACAUGAGCUCAGAUGCCAGCCAAGGCGUGAUUACCACUCCUCCUCCUCCCAGCAUGCCUCACAAAGAGAGGUAUUUUGACCGCAUCGAUGAAAAUGACCCAGAAUACAUUCGGGAGAGGAACAUGUCUCCUGAUCUACGCCAAGACUUCAAUAUGAUGGAGCAGAGGAAGCGAGUUACUCAGAUCCUGCAAAGUCCUGCCUUUCGGGAAGACUUGGAAUGCCUUAUUCAAGAACAGAUGAAGAAAGGCCACAACCCAACUGGAUUGCUAGCAUUACAACAGAUUGCAGAUUACAUCAUGACCAAUUCUUUCUCGGGUUUUUCUUCACCUCCCCUCAGUCUUGGCAUGGUCACGCCUAUCAAUGACCUUCCUGGUGCAGAUACAUCCUCAUAUGUGAAGGGAGAAAAACUUACUCGCUGUAAACUUGCCAGCCUGUACAGACUUGUAGACUUGUUUGGAUGGGCACACCUGGCAAAUACCUAUAUCUCAGUAAGAAUAAGUAAGGAGCAAGACCACAUUAUAAUAAUUCCCAGAGGACUAUCUUUUUCUGAAGCUACAGCCUCCAAUUUGGUGAAAGUCAAUAUAAUAGGAGAAGUGGUUGACCAGGGAAGUACCAAUUUGAAAAUUGACCAUACAGGAUUUAGUCCCCAUGCUGCGAUCUAUUCAACACGUCCUGAUGUUAAGUGUGUGAUACACAUCCAUACCCUUGCAACAGCAGCUGUAUCCUCCAUGAAAUGUGGGAUCCUUCCAAUUUCUCAAGAAUCUCUUAUUCUGGGAGAUGUUGCCUAUUAUGACUACCAAGGGUCACUGGAUGAACAGGAAGAGAGAAUUCAACUGCAGAAAGUUCUGGGGCCAAGUUGUAAGGUGCUGGUACUCAGGAAUCACGGUGUGGUUGCACUUGGAGAAACAGUAGAGGAGGCUUUUCAUUAUGUUUUUGGUGUGCAGCUAGCCUGUGAGAUUCAGGUGCAGGCCCUGGCAGGGGCGGGUGGAGUAGACAAUCUCAGUGUACUGGACUUUCAGAAGUAUAAAGCUUUCACUCACACUGUAGCAGUAUCUGGUGGAGGAGGUGUGAAUAUGGGUUCACAUCAAAAAUGGAAGGUUGGCGAAAUUGAGUUUGAAGGGCUUAUGAGGACUCUGGACAACUUGGGGUAUAGAACAGGCUAUGCUUACAGACAUCCUCUCAUUCGAGAGAAGCCUAGGCACAAGAGUGAUGUGGAAAUCCCAGCAACUGUGACUGCUUUUUCCUUUGAAGACGACACAGUGCCACUCUCUCCUCUCAAAUACAUGGCACAGAGGCAACAGCGUGAAAAAACAAGAUGGCUGAACUCGCCAAAUACUUACAUGAAAGUGAAUGUGCCUGAGGAGUCUCGGAAUGGAGAAACCAGUCCCCGAACCAAAAUCACGUGGAUGAAAGCGGAGGACUCGUCUAAAGUUAGUGGAGGAACACCUAUCAAAAUUGAAGAUCCAAAUCAGUUUGUUCCUUUAAACACAAACCCGAAUGAGGUACUAGAAAAGAGAAAUAAGAUUCGGGAACAAAAUCGAUAUGAUUUGAAAACAGCAGGACCACAGUCUCAGUUGCUUGCUGGAAUUGUUGUGGAUAAGCCACCUCCUACUAUGCAUUUUGAAGAUGAUGACCAAGGCCCACCAGGUCCUCCUAACCCGUUUAGUCAUCUCACAGAAGGAGAACUUGAAGAGUAUAAGAAGACAAUCGAACGUAAACAACAAGGCCUAGAAGAUGCUGAGCAGGAAUUACUCUCAGAUGACGCUUCAUCUGUUUCACAAAUUCAGUCUCAAACUCAGUCACCGCAAAAUGUCCCUGAAAAAUUAGAAGAAAACCAUGAGCUGUUUUCCAAGAGCUUCAUCUCCAUGGAAGUGCCUGUCAUGGUAGUAAAUGGCAAAGAUGAUAUGCAUGAUGUUGAAGAUGAGCUUGCUAAGCGAGUGAGUAGGUUAACUACAAGUACAACCAUAGAAAACAUCGAGAUUACCAUUAAGUCUCCAGAGAAAAUUGAAGAAGUCCUGUCACCUGAAGGCUCACCUUCAAAAUCACCAUCCAAGAAAAAGAAGAAAUUCCGCACUCCUUCUUUUCUGAAAAAGAACAAAAAAAAGGAGAAAGUUGAGGCCUAAAUAAAGUCUUUCUAUCAUUACUAUUAUAACAAUGUGACAUUGCACAUUUAAUUACCACAUUUAAGUUGAUCAUUAAUACACAAUGGUAGAUCAGAUUGGGGGAUGUAACAAACUGGACCUUUAAGAACUGGAAAGAGGUUUUACAAGAACAAAACUUUCAGAUUCAUCUCUCAUUUUAUAUGUCCAAAAAUGGCUUUGAAUUUUAAGCAGUUACUAGUUUUAAUUAGCUCUGCCCUCAUAAAGUGUUAUUAUAAUUCACCGUAACCAGUUAUCUGUCUGAAUUACUUCAGGCCUUCUCCAUAAUAUCUGUUAGAAAGAAAUUGCCAAUGAGCAAGUGAGAAUUUUUAUUUCUCAAUUUCUGCUUCACUUGGUAAUCAGAUUAUAAUUUUUUAUCAUUAUUGACUAUAUUUUUGGGGUCCCCAUUGUUUCAAUGGGCAUUAACAGAAUGCUUUAAAACUUCUAAGACAAGAGUCUAUAGCAUUAGUAUACACUGGCACAUAAUUUUUUAAAAAGUUUUAAGAAAAGAGUCAUUUGGAAUUUUAUUCACAGUAUAAAAUUUCCUCACCUGGAGUAACUUUGUUUGCCAAAAAAAGGUUGUUUUAAUAAACUAUAAUUUUUGAAAACUUCCUUUUUUUAUUAGUUUAGAAAGCCCCUUAUUUUUCAACAAAGGGGAUUUUAUACACAUAACAUGGGUUAUUUAGUUUAACUCUGGCAAAAAACAAUUUUUGUAUGUUGAUGUUUGUAUACCAUUCAGUAUAAAAGUGUCCUAAGCAUAUUAGCCAAUCUUUUCACAGUAGAGCAUACUUAAGACUGCUUGGUACUGAGCAUACUUAGAUAUAAUUAAUGAAUCCAGAGACUUGGUGUCAAAAGGGGAUCAGAGCAUAUAAAGGUACAUCUAGAUUCAUAUUUGAAUCUUACACUGUAUUUUUAUCUUAGUAUUGCUAAUGAAUAAAGAAAAGUCUCAUAAGGUAGCCAAAUGAAAAAGAAUGAAAGGGAAAGUGAAAAGUUAAGGGAACAAAACAUGGGAUGUGAAAAAAAGAAUUCUAGUUUGAUAGUGACUCAUAUUCACAGUAGGCUACAAAGUAUGUUUGUUGGAAACAUGUCCCAAAUCCGUAAAAUUCUGCUUUUCUGCCAAAAGUAAUGUCUUUCUUGGUUAAUAUUUGAGUUUUAAAAAGGUCAACUCUUUCUAACCUUGUGUAUCUUUAGAGGGCAGCACUAGAAGAAAUCAGCAGGUCUAAUCCCACCAGGAAGAAAACUACCACUUCUUGAUUUUUAUAGAUUUUUAAAAAAAUCUUUUCAGUUAACUUUCUUUUUAAUGUAAAUACAAAUUUAAACCUAGGCUUAAGGUAGGCUUUUCCCCUUUCACCCAAGUGAUGUCACAAAUCGAUCCAAAAUCAAUGAUCCAGAAUGAUCCAUGGGUAAAAAUAACCCAAAGUGUUUCUUGAGGGUGAGUUGGCAUGCAAAAAAUUACAUUGAUUACAGUGUGUUUUGGAGCUGGUUCUGUUUGACUGUGUGCAUAUGAUAAUGCAGAGUUGAGCCAGAGCCUGGAAAUGUCAUUCUAGAUCUCACUAACUACUGGACUCAGUGUUUUAAUCUCUUGGUGGAAAUUUUCAGUUGCUUCACUCUGUAUUGGAGGGUUUUUUUGUUCUACAUCAUUUAUGUUGUAUUACAAUGUAUGUAGAAACAGUAACCUGUGAACUAUGCUUUUCCAUAACUUUAAAAAUAUAUAUAUAUCUAAAUGAAUGCAAUGUGCAUAAAUAUUUUUUAAACACAACAGUGAACUAUUGCACCUUUUGCUAAUGCCUCUAUUUACUUGCUUUGGCAUAAAGAAUGAGCCAAUGAACCUCUGUGUCCUGUGGAGAAAUGUAUAAAUGUUAUCUGAUAUUGCUCUUAGAUGUAAUGCUAAUUAAUGUUAAAUCACAAAUAAACAGUAUUUUAAAUAUA